CCCGGCUGUCUUCUAAAUCUCCUUGGCGGCACACAACUUAUGCAAUGAAAGUACCCAAGCAUGACAACUCCUUUGUAUAGGCUGAUGCCUCUAAGCCCUCGUGUGCAGGCUCUACAACAAGAUGCAACGACAGAAGUUUUGACUCUCUUUCCCGUUGAGAAGAAAGAAGGGUUAUUGACUUACGGUUUACCCAAGUCAUGUGGACUACUGUGUGAGGCUUUGUUACAAGAUCUGGAAGAGGAUCUCAAGUCGUGGGCUAGAGGGUUUGGAAUGGUCAUUAAAGAUCUCAAAAUGCCUGAAAUUAGCCCCCAGGCUUUUCGUCUCGAAAAAGGCAACACUUCGACAUUGCUAAAAGGGUAUACUGCAAUUGUCGUGGCCCUCGGAAACACAAAAUAUGAUGUUGAGCUCGUUUCCAGAGACAAACGGUCUUCGCAGAAGGAGACGUGGGAACCAACAUCUGCCCUUCAUCUCCGGGAAACGGGGCUGAAAGCUCAAGGAGGACACAUAAGGUUCCUCUACAUCCCUCUCCACCUGGAACCCAUAUAGACUUUUCGACAAACGACAAGUUCUAUUUCAUGAUGUGUAUCAUAUCAUGUUCCGUAUCCGCGCUCGAAACGACACUCCAGGUGCUGUCUGGGCUGCCCGUCGACCUCGCCUUCGACUUCGUCUGUGACUUCGAUCUCGCCUUGGCCUUCGCACCGCCUGGCUCUAGAGCCUUUUCGAUCUGUUGUAGACUGCCGAUUAGUUCAUAGACGAGACUUGGGAUUCGGAGUAACUCUGAGGGCAGUUUGUUGUUUGGACGAUGCGCAAAAGCAGACUCUCUGCGCAGUAUCGGGAAGCAUUCGACGGUAAAGUGCUGGCCAAAAGUAAAAUACGAGUUUACUA